GAACCCUCGUCGGAUUCGGAGGUCUCGUUUCACCACCGGGUCGUGUUCCUCCUGAUGCUGUUUCGUCGUGAGGAAAUAAAAAUGUUUAGUUUGUUGCUUUGUUUGUAGCAAUAUUUACGUGUUACAUAUUGUGUGAAGCUGUAGAUUGCUGUUGACCUCACUCGGAUCUGUUUCGAUCAUCGAACGAGCAGCUUUGUUUUAAGUUGUGAGGGAGGUUUUGUCGUAAACAUGGCUCCGACGAUCCAAACUCAAGCUCAACGGGAAGACGGCCACAGCAGGCCGUCGUCUCACAGAACCGUGCCAGAGAGGUCGGGAAUCGUCUGCCGAGUGAAGUACUGCAACAGCUUGCCCGACAUCCCAUUUGAUCCCAAAUUCAUCACCUAUCCGUUUGAUCAGCACAGGUUUGUCCAAUAUAAAGCCACCUCUCUAGAGAAACAACAUAAACAUGAGCUCCUGACGGAACCAGAUCUUGGGGUCACCAUUGACCUCAUCAAUCCAGACACCUACCGCAUCGAUCCCAAUAUUCUUUUGGACCCUGCUGAUGAAAAACUGUUGGAAGAGGACAUCCAGGCUCCAUCCGGUUCCAAAAGGUCACAGCAGCAUGCCAAGGUUGUGCCAUGGAUGAGGAAGACAGAAUAUAUUUCCACAGAGUUUAACAGAUACGGUGUUUCUAACGAGAAAGUUGAAGUCAAGAUUGGCGUGUCUGUCAAACAGCAGUUUACAGAAGAAGAGAUCUACAAGGAUAGAGACAGUCAGAUUUCUGCCAUUGAGAAGACGUUUGAGGAUGCACAGAAAUCGAUCACGCAGCACUACAGUAAACCCAGAGUCACUCCUGUGGAGGUCCUGCCUGCGUUCCCUGACUUUAAGAUGUGGAUCAACCCAUGCGCUCAGGUUAUCUUUGACUCUGAUCCUGCACCUAAAGAUAUAUCAGGGCCACAAGGUGUGGAUAUGAUGUCUCAAGCCAUGAUCAGAGGAAUGAUGGACGAGGAAGGAAAUCAGUUUGUGGCCUACUUCUUACCUAAUGAGGAAACACUGCGCAAGCGGAAGAGAGACUGUGAUGAAGGGCUGGAUUAUAUGCCUGAGGACCUGUAUGAUUAUAAGAUUGCAAGGGAAUACAACUGGAAUGUCAAGAACAAAGCCAGCAAAGGCUACGAGGAGAACUACUUCUUUAUCUUCAGAGAUGGCGACGGGGUUUACUACAACGAGCUGGAGACUAGGGUACGCUUGAGCAAGAGGAGAGCCAAGGCUGGAGCACAGUCCACUACAAAUGCCGUGCUGGUGUGUAAGCACAGAGAUAUGAAUGAGAAGGAACUGGAAGCCCAGGAGGCUCGCAAAGCUCAGCUGGAGAACCAUGAGCCAGAAGAUGAGGAGGAAGACAUGGACAAAGAUAUACAGGACUCUGGUGACGAGAAAGAGAAGGGCAGUGGCAGCGAGGCAGAGAACUCUGGCAGUGAAUCUGAGAGGGAGGAGGAAGACCAGGAGCAGAGCGGUGAAGAAGACGAAGAGGAUGAGGACAGUGGGAAGAGGAAGAGGAAGGCAAGCGGCAGUGGGAGCGAGAGCGGCGAGGAGAGGACCCGAGAGAUGCGAGACGAGGAAGAGAUCUUUGGAAGUGACGAUGACAGCGAUGACAAUGAGCCCAAGAACUCGGCCAGGAGCAGUGGGGAGGAAGGCAGCGGAAGCGAGGAUGAAGCGGAGAACAGGAGGAGCCACAGCGCCUCUCCAGCACACACUGACCACAGCAGUGACCACUCAGAAACCCAUGCCCAAAGUGGAAGUGAGAGGGGAUCCGACUCCUCUGAGGCCAGUGACAGUGAUUAAGAUUUGCAGCAAGCUUAAACUCCAUGUUCAGCUCAAAAACUGGUCUAUCUCACCCCUUCACUGAGCCUAUAAUAUUAUCGACAUCUGUUGCUUCUUGAUAAUUGAAAAUGUGUGCGAAAUAUUCUUUCCAUUUGAACUCGAUCUGUCUCUUUUUACUCAAGUUAUUAUUUGUAGAUUUAAAUCACACAGUAGUAGCUGUAUUUUUUUUUUUCACCACUGUAAGAUCAUGUAAAAAUGUCUUUGUUCUCUUUAUGUAUGACCUACUAUACUGGUACAGCUUUUGAAAUGGAUAAUAAAUCGCUAGAUACA